AUGGCUGUUCCAUUGGAUCAACAAUAUAAGCUAGAGAAAAAAGGCAUAAUUGAAGAACGUAUUCCUGUUUUGCAUCCAUCUGGUAUGGAUCAACAUUAUUUUGUAACAUACAUUCCAUUACCAACUAAUAUUGAAGAUGGUGCAACUAUUGAACAAUGGAUUGAACGAAUGACAUUUAUAUGUGAUGAUUUAACAUGGUUAUUACAACAAAAUCAUAUAAAAUUUUGGUGUGAAGUUGCUUUUAAUAAAGAUUUUCAUUCAAUGCUUGAUUCUUAUCUACGUUAUGCACCACGACCACAACGAACUAUUUCAAUAAAUAAUUAUUCGUCUAUUAUAAAUGGUAAAGAAUUAGAAGAGAAACUUUCGCGUUUAAUAUUCAUGUGUAUUCUUCGACUUUCUACACAUAAAGAAUCAUCAGAAAAUUUCUUUACACCACAAGGAUUUGGUCAUGUUAUUUAUGAUAAUUAUAUAUUCGAUAUUCCUCGUUUAUUUGAUAUAUGUUCAUUAUAUGCAGUUAAUAAUAAAGAAUUAUUAAGUAAAAUGAUUGGAAAUAUUUUUAAACAACAAGAAGCCUAUACGAAAGAUCUUCACGAUGCUAUUAAAUCAAUUAAAGAUCUAAUAAGCUUUUUAGCACCUGGCAAGAUUCCCUUAUUAAUUCAUUUAUUUGAAACAUUUUUACGUGUCUAUGAACGAACUCAAAAAUCAAAUGAAAUAUCUGAUUAUAUUGAUAUAUUUGAAGAAACAAAAUAUGAAACUAUAACAUUAUUUAAUGAUCUUGUUGCAUCAUGUUGUAUUGAUCCAUUACUUAUUAAUGAAAAUAAAUCAGAAAAUGUUGAAUCAAUUAUUAAUAUAUUUUCAUUAUUAAUAACAGAAAAACGAUUUUUAGCUGCAUAUGAAGAUUAUUUUAGUCUUUGUCAAAUUAUUGAUAUUGUUCAUGAAACAACAGAACUUUUAGAUGAUCAACAAAUAACAUUUUAUAAAGAUGGUGUCAAACAAGCUAUUGAACUUUAUGGAACACCAUCAUGUAAACGAAAAUUAACACCAGUAAAUAUAUCUGUAAAUAUGCAACAUUCAAAAUUUGAUUCGAUUUUAAAAAUAAUUCUAAAACUUGGACGUUAA